UGGGCGACAGAAGGUAAGACAUGGCGAGGGCAAGUUGUGUGUGGGCCGGCGCUGGCCCAGUGGACAGGGGGACUGGAAGACAGCACAAACGGUGACCAAUGCCUCGAAUUAGUAGAACUGUAAUAUUGAUUCUGCUCUCUGUGACGAGUUCAAUCUUUCUGUUGUUUCAACUGUAUUAUUACAAAAAAUACUUUUCAUCAAAAAAUGAAGCCGACAUUUCUGAUUUCAAAGGAAGUUAUUCCUUGGAAGACAGUGUGCCCUGGAAAGUGGUCAAACAAUUUCUUGGUUUGGUAUCGGCCCACAACAUUCCUUUGUAUCUCAUCGAUCCUUUGGUUUUGGGACAAAUGAAUGAGAAUAUCCAUCAGGACGCAAGUACAGCCAGAGCAUUGAACUGCCAAUAUUUGUGUGCUCCCAGGGAGUUUACCACUUUUGCACUGUUGGGCAAAUUCUGGAAAAAUGAAAUGUUCCUGAAGAGAGAGGCUGAGGAGCUGGGCUUCCAGUGGAUGGAACUGAGUGGCAAAGACCCGCGACUGGCUGGAAUGGAUGGUCUUUCUGGCACCGAGAUCCCACUACAUUAUAUCUUCAAGCUUCAGAACCACGCCAUCCACCUGGUGGUAUUUUAUGAGAGGAGUGGCAACUAUCUUUGGCAUGGGCAGCUGCGGCUCAAGCAAAACGUAGACAAAACGUUCAUGCAUUUCCGAAAAUUGCAUUUUGGGCGUUACCCUGGAGCCUAUAACAAGCCUGAACUACAUCUAGCUUUAAUUGAUGGACUGGAAAUCAAUGUGCCUAAGGAAAUAACCCACUUUCUUGAGGAAUUUUCUCACUCCAGAUUUGUUGAAUGCAGAUACCAGGAAGCAAAGAUGUUUUAUCAGGUAUACCCUGAGGACACAUCCCAAGAUGCCAUGGAUUUUAAGAAAAAGGCAAAGCAUUUGAUUCAUCUGGCUGCAAAGACAUUAGAUAAACAGAAGGUGCCAUUCUGGCUCAGCAGUGGAACAUGUCUAGGAUGGUUCAGACAAUGUAAUAUCAUCCCAUAUAGUAAAGAUGUGGAUGUGGGAAUAAUGAUAAAGGAUCAUAAGCCUGAUAUCAUCACAGAGUUCCAGAAGUCGGGACUAACGCUGAAACACAAAUUUGGCAAACAAGAAGACAGCCUCGAGCUUUCCUUUCAGUUGGCUGAUGUGAAGCUGGAUAUAUUCUUUUUCUAUGAGGAGAAUGAUUACAUGUGGAAUGGGGGAACCCAGGUCAAAACUGGCAAAAAGUUCAAAUACAUAUUUCCUAAAUUUACUCUGUGCUGGACCGAAUUCCUGGAGCUGAAAGUUCGAGUUCCCUGUAAAACACUUGCAUACGUGGAAGCGAACUAUGGCAAGAACUGGGAAAUCCCCGUGACCAGUUGGGAUUGGAAAAGUUCCCCGUCAAAUGUUCAAGAAAAUGGCCUGUGGCCUCCCAGCGACUGGGAUGAAGUCAUCCAGAUACAUUGAUCCAUAAAUGAAAAUUGAUGCAAUGACUGCGCCGCCACAACAACUUAGAAAGUUGGUUAAUUGUGGUUAAUUAUUUAUGGUGUAAUCAGUGGAAGUGGUUUUGCAGCACUUGAGAUACAGCGAUCAAGUGAGAGCCAUCUACUGACAUCAGUGGCAUUGAAAGUUUCCUUUUUAUUUGUAAAGGAAGUCUCUUUGGACUUAGGCAUUUGGAUACUGGCGUUCACUAAAACUGAACUGACUAAAUUUAGAGAAAUUUCAGGAUUUGGAUAACCUCUCGCAGUAAAUGUGUUUCUGAAUUAUUUUAUGAAAGUUUUGCUACUGAAAAAAUUCAGAUUAAAAUAUUAAUUUAUUAAAGGUUUAAAUGAUAUAUUUAUUAAGGAGCAUAAACUUAUACGUUUUGGAGAAAUGGCACACAUUGGAUGUACAUACCACGCACUAGGUGUCAAGAUGAUCUUGUAUUUACUAAAUGUAAGUUUGUAUUUACUAAAUUUAAGGAAAUGAUCCAGCUAAGAAAGCUUGAUUUUACUUUUGAAUAAAAGACAAACUGCUGCAGGAACUCAGUGGAUCAGGCAGAAUAUGAAGUCUGAAGAUGGCACCUGACCCAAAAUGAAGUCUAUAAGCAGGAACUACAGAUGCUGGUUUACACCAAAGAUAGACACAAAAUGCUGGAGUAAAUCAGCGGGGACAGGCAGCAUCUCUGGAUAGAAGGAAUAGGUGACGUUUCGGGUGGAGAACCUUCUUCAGACCCUUCUGGUCUCAACCCGAAAUGUCACCUCUUCCUUCUAUCUGGAGAUGCUGCCUGUCCCUCUGAGUUACUCCAGCAUUUUGUGUCUAUCCAAAAUGGUCAGUCUAUUUCCCUUCACAGAUGCUCCCUGACCCUGCUGAGUUUCUCCAACAGUUUGUUUUAUGCUCAGGAUUUCAGCAUCCUCAGUCUUUUAUGUCUCCUUAUUUUUAGUCUUAAGUAUAGACCAGAACACCAAGCAAACCUCUCAGUAAGUAGUUAUACUAAAAUCCUAUUUUUGCAUUUGAAGCAGAGAGAUUUGGGUAGCGGUACAAUUAUCCUUUAUAUCAAUGCUAGAUUAUGGGGCUAGUAGAAUGUCCUGCUCUUGUAUAAGGUCAUUGACCUGGAAGCAUUCAUGGUUUCUCUCCACAGAUGUUGCUUAACCUGCUGAGAGCUUCUAGUAUUUCAAAUUUAUAAUAUUAAAAGCAUUUUGUGUUUGUAAUAUUUUCUAACAUUGUCAUAACUAAAAUAAUGUUUUUUAAGGUGCUAUUCCAUUGACAGAAAGGCACUACAGUAUAUAUGUGAUGCCGCUGAAUAAUGUUUAUAUUCUGUAGCACAAACUGCAAUCUGACAUUAGAUUUUGCUGUGAAGUCUGUGCUUUGUGUACCUGUUGAAGAUGUAUGUUUUUAAUUUUUAUUUUGCGUGGCAAAUGGUACAGAUUGAUCGAAGCGUAUGAAAAUGAGAUUGGAAAUAAGUUUAAUUAAACACAUUUUUGUGCACUGUUGAAAAGUGAAAAAUGCAGAAAACAAAAUGUAAUGCCAAUUUUAAGUCAUGACAGAUCUGAAAUGGAAUCUCUAUUACAAAGACUUUUCAGCUGAGCCGAAAUUGUUUUUCUUCCCCAGCAAAAACAAAAUGUCUAAGAUGGAUACAAGGGAAAGUGCUAAAAGAAAUGUAGGUUGUUCUGUUCUUUAACUCAGGACCUUAACUGCACCAGCGCAAACUUGUAUUUUUACUACGAUGUGUUUAUAUUAUAAAAAAUGUAUGUUUGGUCGACACAGUUGAAAGUGCGUAAUUGUCUAACUUAAUUUAACACAAAGUUGUAGUUGAAUAACAAUGUAUUGAAUAAGCUGGAAAGCAUUAUGGUACAAUAGUGGUUCUGCUUUUCUGUCUUAUUGCUACCUUCAAGUUGAAUGUGUAAUAAAUAACUUAA